AUGGCGGACAACGAAGCGCUGGCUUUAUGCGAGGAAAUAUUAAACUUAUCAAGCCCUCCGAAACCGACAAGAAUUAUUCAGAUUGAAAACACAACAGUACAACGUACAGAUAUUGUUCAAAAUACUUCCAGUUUGCCGGUACUUGCUGGCGAAGUCGCAGUAGCGCAGAAAAAUCAAGUUUUACGUCUCGAAAAGAGAGUUGAGUUUUUGGGGAAACUGCAGGUAAUUCGCAAUAUAUUGCUGACUUUGCUUAUUAAAAACUUUGUAGUGACUUAUUUUAUUCCGUUUUUCUCCGUACAGGUCGAACAUCGCGAAGGUAGGAUUAAAAACUGCUUUUUUACCCUAUAGUUCUUGCAACAAAAACACCAAGAAUUUUACUUGCGAACUUUGAAAAAAUUGUUUAGUUUUACGUUUGAGAAGAGAGGCUGAAAAACACGUCCAAGCAGUUCUACGGAAAUCAAAUUUACUUCAAGACGAUAUCGAAACUUGUCAAAAGAAUUGUGAAAGUUUAAGAAAAGGUAGUUCAGGAUAGUUCUCAAUGGACAAUGCUUUACCUUUAAUAUAAUUUUAAUAUAGCCAAACGACUUUUAGCUUGAAACAAUCGACGUGUUGAAAAACGAAUUUUGUUUAUCCAUGAGGAAGUAAAAUGUUUGCCAAAAAGUCCAGUAACAUUCUUUGUUUUCCCAAAUAUUUAAUUAUUGCCUUGGAAAAGUCUAGUUCGCUUCUUCGAUAGCAUUAUAUUAGCAGUAAUUAUUUUUUUAAACUAUUACAAAAGAGCUCAACGUUUUGGUCGCUAAUACCGAAGCACUCAAAGGAGACAUUUGCGUUGAAGAAAACGAGUUAGCGAAGGAAAAACGGUUUGUAUAUACAUCCCACAAUUCUUUGAAUAAGUCAAAACAUUGAGUGAUUUGAUGACAUGAUGUAAAUUAAUCAAAAGGUUAAUUCAAAAUUGUUAAUUUUGCGUAGUGGCUAUGAAGUAUACCAAGAGAAAAUGACGAAACACAAAGAGCUCUCUGAAAUAGCUGAAAGUUCUGAUGCAGUCAAUGUUAACAUAACAAACAACAUGAAAUAUUACGAAAUGCUAAAUAAAGAAAGUAUGUAUAAUUACUUUCCACAUAUAAUUUAAAUGCUUGGUUACCUUUGUUCCAUUCUAUGCUUACAUAAUCAGAACAGUGGUAACUAGGCAUGUGCAGUUAUCCCAUCCAAUUCACUCACACACGCAUAUAUAUAAUGUAAAUUGGGUAUGUCUAUGGACCAAUUAUAGUACUGUAAAUAUCACACUGAUAUGUUUUUAGAGAAAAGUUUGGUAGAAUCCAAUGAUAUUCCAAAACUGUUAUCGGGAGAAAUCAAGGAAAUAUGUAUGGCGGAGUUGUUCACGUUGGACGAAUCAAUAAGUGAACUAAAGCAAAAUUUGAAAAUAAAAUUUCAAGUAGGUUUUGGUUUUAGCGCAGUCAUUGUUAAACAUGUAAAUAAAUGUACGUGUACUCCAUAGGGGUGGAGAGCAUUUGGUCCCUUCAAGUUCUCAGAAAACUUCCUGAUGAAGAGCGAAAUAAUAAAAGAAAGAAAGAAAACGGACGAAAAAAGAAAGAAAUAAGCCAAAGAAAAAAAUAGAGUGAGAAAUGGACGGAUGCAUGUGCCAUAUGCUGGAAUAUUGGCAGAAUUUUGUUUGUAAUAGUGGUCAGAGAAAUUAGUUUUUGCAGGUCUAAACUUGCAUGUCUCUUAUCGUAGAGUACUGAUGAAAAGGAGAAGCAAGUCAGAUUCAAGAAAGAUGUCGAACUUUUGCAGGUAAUGCAAAAUUCUAUUAUUGGGAUUAUUUAGCAUAGUUCGACUCUAUCAAACACCUUAGAAUAAAGUUAGUUUAGUUUAGGUUUCCUCCUGCAUGUAGUAACACUGGAUCAAAUAAGAGAUGAUUCCUACUAGAGGGAGAAGUUCAGAACUGCAUGAUAAAGCUAUCCAGUAUAAAUAAGUUAAUUUUGAUUGCAGAAAAAGAACCAGGCGCAAGUUACAUGGACGAGAAAACAAUUACAAGAGACAAUGGCAAGAAAUAAACAAUGGAACGAAGAAACGUCACAGAAGGAAGCAGAAAUCCAAGAAAUACGAAGAAAAAUAGAACAAUACUGAAAAAAUUACAGUAUUAUAUAUUAUUGUACAUGUAUAUAUAGCGGUAUAUACACAGACGUUGCGUGAUUAAAAAUUAAUAUCAGUAAAUACUGAUGUUGUACAGAUCUGCUGUCAUGCUUGUAUGAUUAGGGAAUAAAGAUUACUGAUGUACACAACUGAUGUGAACAGAGCUUUUGUGAAUGCUCAUUGAUUUUGCACAGAAAUGCAUGUUUGGAAAAAACGUUGUACGGAAACUUAAGAGGUCGCGACCAUGCACUCAACGUGAACUAUUAUCAUGAAUCAGCGUUUAAUACGUUCCGUUGCACAGAAUGAGUGCUUGCAUUCGAGCACGUGGAAUUUGCUUCGCCAUUUCAAAACACCAUAUUUCAACGCCAAAUUCCAGAGUUCCAUUCAAAAGUUUGCGACAAGGGUUAUCAGAGUGAGAAAAUGUUAAUUCUUGCCAUUUAACUUGGAGGCCCCCUCUUGUACUUGGUCUCAACGAAUUGUUCCGAAAUUAGCCACCAUAUGCUUUAAAGGUUGUAGAUGUAAAUUGCGAGUGCGAAUUUUACACAUUUAUUUAAACCUAUAACCAGAAUAGUCAGGCAGAUAGAGGCUCAAAAUUAUGGAAAACUUACUAUAUCGUGGGACAAAUCCAUUUUGCCUUCAUAUUGUGCCCUGAAGGCUAAUAAGUACGUUUCUGUAUGUUGGACGCGUUAAAAUUUCUUCUGGGCUCCUGCCGACACGUUUUUCUUCGAAUUUUGCAGUUAAAAAAUGUGAAAUUUCUGAUACAUUUCUAACACAAAUGACUUACAUCAUUUGAAAGCUUGCAAAAAAACUACAUAUAAGACAUUUAAACGGUUACCUGGGAUUUUCAAGCGGUUUUCGAGUUAUUGCUGUUUCAGAUGUGAAACUUAAGCCAAAAUCUCGCAAAAUUCCUGGGUACUAGUCUGAAAACACACAUUCAACAGCUCAUAACUAAAGAAGAACUUGAAAAACCCGGGUAACCGUUUAAAUGUCUUAUAUGUAGUUUUUUGCAAGCUUUCAAAUGAUGCAAGUCAUUUGUGUUAGAAAUGUAUUUCUAACAUUAUGUGUCGGCAGGAGCCCACAAGAAAUUUUAACUGCCGAAAUGUGUCGGCAGGAGCCCACAAGAAAUUUUAACGCGGCCAACAUACAGAAACGUACUUAUUAGCCUUCAGGGCACAAUAUGAAGGCAAAAUGGAAUUGUCCCACGAUAUAGUAAGUUUUUUCCUUCUAUCUGCCCGACUAGAAGCAGUUGCAAAAAAUACAACUACACUUUAAGGUAAUGUAAUAUAAUGUCAUGGUACGGUUAUGGACUUUGUAGCUCAGUAGCCUCCUCAGCAGGCAUCACCUUUAGAUUGGCGGGCAGAAUUUGGUUGGUUAGAGAGCUGCACCGGAAUCGCAGGGCUGCAGGUUCAAUCGCUUGCGAGAGGGCCUAUAGUAUAGGUGCCGUGGGUUUAACACAAGUCUUAAGGUUACAGGACACCCUUUUUGGCGUUUUGCGGAAAAUCCAAUCAGUCCGAUUUUCAUCAAAUUUUCACCAAAUGUUCUCCAGUGCAUGCAAAAUAUGGUAAAGUUGUAAAAUUAACAAACAAUAAAAUAAUGUAAGAAUUAUUCAGGAAAAUCUUAAAUCGCGGUACCUUUACGCUUUUGAAUUGUGCUCCUGCUGGUUUUAAGUUAUAUUUAUGAAAAUAUCAUUUUUAUAUACCUUAAAAUAGUUGUUCUAAAAAUUUGUGUUCGGAAAUAUUUGUUUAUUUCGUCAUUCCGCUGAUAUGGCGAUUUCUUUGACGACUGCAAUAUAUUUCUGAAUUGUUUGAGUGAAUUGCUCUUUAUUUUUAAAAUAUCCAAAAUUAAACAAAAGCCGAACACAAUUUUGAAACUGACGUCUUUAGCUAUGUCCUGUGAAAAUUUGAGAACAAUUGGUUAAAACCCGCAGGAGCACAGCUCGUUUGAAAAUCAGUAAUUACCGUAAAAUUUUUCAGGAGAAAAUUGAAUUUGAAUGUUACAUUUUCAAUGUUUUUCUUAUUGCAGCGAAAUGUAUU